GCAGAUCUUUCUGUGCUGAGAAAUAACAAAAUAAAUUUAUGCACAAUGCGUGCUGACUUUGUACUUACAUAAAUGGCUAAAUUAAAGAACAACAUCAUAUCUCGUAAUUUGGAUGGGCAGCUAAACUCCUCCCAGUCAUUUAUCUUCACUCAGCAUACCCUGUCAUCUAUUUAAAACCAGUGACACAUGCAGCAGGUCAAAAAUAGUCAGCCCUUCAGGACUAGAAACUUCAGUAAGCUAAAGUGAUUCUGGAUGGCGGAGGGGUUCGACUACUGAAAAGACCAUGUGUUCACCAAAGAUUAUCUCUAGAGGAGUCAACAUUGGGGACAAUGAGAAUAUUUGGUUUACUGUGUGACUGAGUGUUGCGGACAGACUGCAACAACAUUUAACCCUGACUGCGCAGUCGCUGCUCUUCCAUUGAUUUUCAUUGUAAAAAUGACAGCCUUUUUAGAUCAGUUCAUGGAGUUUCACUCGGUUCAUGGUACAAACGUGAAAUUGGACCCCUCGGGAACUCAGGCCACCCGCGUAGAAAGUUUUGCAAAUGGCGUCUGCUUCAGUAAAAACCCUUUGAGCCCCGGAGAGAUCUUCCUUGUUGAGAUUGAAGAGAAGGAACUGGGCUGGUGUGGUCAUUUAAGGAUUGGACUCACUGCACAUGACCCCCGAACACUGGAAACGGUGCCUGAAUAUUCUUUGCCGGAUCUUGUGGAUAUGGGAGAUAGCUGGGUAUUUGCAAUAACAAGAAACCAUAAUAAAGUUGUUGAGGAUCAAGCCGGAGAGGUGGAAGGUGGAGAACAACCAGUUGUGGCUGGUGAAACAGGAAACAAGCCUAAAACAUUUUUCACUGACACUCACUUGUAUAUAGAAAAUAUAUGCAUACCGAGAGACAAGCUGGUGGGACGCAGUCGGCCUGGGAGGUACAGUCACAUUCUGGAUGACUUGUACAAAACCAACACAUUACCUCCCACUGCACGCCGCAGUCGCAUAGGGGUUGUUUAUGUGCAUAAGGGACAAGGCUAUGGUGAUAUGCACAUUAUCAUCAAUGGUGAAGACAUGGGAGCCUGUGCCAAGAGGAUCCCAACUAAUAGGCCGUUGUAUGCUGUUGUGGAUGUAUUCGCAGCUACUAAAUGUGUCAGGAUCGUCCAGGUGGAAUAUGGCUUUGCCUCAUUGCAGACACUCUGCCGAAAGAUUAUUCAGAAACACAUCAUUCACAGAAUGGCUUUGGACUGGCUGGAACUUCCAGAUUUACUGAAACAUUACUGUAAAUAUGAAUGAGCAAACCUGUCAGAUAUCUGGAUAGAUAGUUCCAAAGACUGCAAAACUGUGGAUUUGUUUUUAACUAAAAAACACAAGGAAAGCUGAAAGUCCCCUCCCAUCAAAAACACUCUUCAUCUGAUGCAUUACCAAAUGUUUUCUUCAAGCUUAAACUUUGUGGAUGCAAUUUAUCACCAGGAAAAAUAUUAGUAUUAAUAAAAUUUCUAUUAUGUACGAUUCUGCGUUUUAGUACAUUCAGAUACUGUGAUUCAGUAAGCAAUUAUGUAACAUCCCUUACAAAAAAGCAUUACUGGUGUGCAUCUUGAGACAAAACAAUGGCACUGAAAUAUUUUAAGUUAUGUCAGUGCAAGCUGUUUUCAAUUAAGGCAACUCAAAUAUACAUUUUAGUCUGGGAUGUGUGUUAAAUGUCAACAUCCCUGACAUAAAAUAUUGUACAGUGGUGUUCAAAAGUGGUGUUCAUGGUCUGAGACCAUGUUGAAAAUCUCUGAGACAAAAUGUCAUUUAAACCUUGAAAUAAACAGAGAGUUUAAAAUUAAAAAGUAUUUUAAAAAAUAUAUU